AUGUCGUCUGAAGUUUCCGAUGCGUACCGCGUGAAAUGGAUGCGCCAUUUCUCGCGAGUGACUCCUUUUCUGCAAUAUAGCACGGCCGCGGACUCUUUACUCGUGUGCGUCGGCAAUAUUCUGCUCUUGCGGCGUCGCAUUCAAAUUAACAGCGGCACGUACGCGAUCUCAUUCGACGAAUUAUGCAAGUUACUAUUAACAGCGGUGAGACGUGCUCAAUCAGAAUGGGUUCUCGACACUCUGGACAAGAUGCGCCGCAUCAAAAAAGGUGAAUACACGCUGAAGAGCCACACUAUGGUCUUUGAUGACGAUGUUAAGAAGCUGAUAGACAUGCUGGGCAUAAACGUGUUCCAUGGCUGCGUCGCCGGACCUAGAUACAAAAAUAUCGAAUCGUUCAGCUUUGAAGAUUUAAGAUAUCACAUCAUGCUGUAUCAAAGAGGUCAGCGUAUGGAAGGGGUGCGUUUCGACGAAUCUGAAGCCAUGUCUGCUGAGACAUUUUUAAAGAAGUACCCAUCGAAGCUCACAGAGAAGGGUUUGCAGUUGCUUAGGGACGAGUUCUGUAACAAAGAGUUCGCGUACCAUGGUAUAUACCAUAAUAAUCGCUUCCUUACGCUGACGUCGAACGACGAUACCUUACUCACGCUCAUGGCCGACGUCGUGUACGAACCUCACGGCUGCAUAUGGGAGGAGCUUGAGAGACCAGUUUACUUGGACGAAAGGUUUAAACCAUACCACAUCGAUCAGAGCCAAAUAAAGCAACCAACUCCGCUGUCGACGCCCCGUAUGAGCAAUGAUGUCAACGUCAUCACUCGUCCGUUAAAACCCAAAGUACCCAUAAUUGCGGUAACCAACCAGCAGGUCCGUCUGUGUCGUACAACGCACGAGGGUAGCUGCACUGUGGAGUGUAUGAAUAAAAUUAAGGAAGAUGCGACGAGAGACUCAAGUAAUGCAACCGACCCCGUUGCCCCCAAUGAGGGCUCCGUUCCCGAUAUGCAACAGAGUCCAACUGACCAGAACCAGGGCGACGACUUAAAAAGUGGCCAAACCCUUACAGAUGUGAAAGAGAGACGGCAUCAAACUAAAUGUGGCUGUCUUGGAUUUAAUCUACUUAAGAUAUUCCGGAACAAGGCUGAUCCGUCGAGCACGUCUUAG